CUUGGACUCGGGCUGAGUAAUAAAAUCGCCCUCGUACGUGAGCGCGGUCUUUCUCGAGUCGCGCUUCGCUGGGAGAGUGGUUGUGGCUCCGUGUUCCUGGCGCGGUCCUCGGUCGGUGAUCUCUGCGCGGUCCAGACCGAGGCCAGGCGGUCCCUGCCCGAGGCCCGCGUCGCCAUGGCCGCGGUUCCCGAGUUGCUGCAGCAGCAGGAGGAGGACCGCAGCAAGCUGAGAUCUGUGUCUGUGGACCUGAAUAUCGAUCCCUCGCUUCAGAUUGACAUACCUGAUGCACUCAGUGAGAGAGAUAAGGUCAAAUUUACAGUGCACACUAAGACCACACUGUCCACAUUUCAGAGCCCAGAGUUUUCUGUUACGAGGCAACACGAAGACUUCGUGUGGCUACAUGACACUCUUAUUGAAACAACAGACUAUGCUGGUCUUAUUAUUCCACCUGUUCCCACAAGACCUGACUUUGAUGGCCCUCGAGAGAAGAUGCAGAAACUGGGAGAGGGUGAAGGGUCUAUGACCAAAGAAGAGUUUGCCAAGAUGAAGCAAGAACUGGAAGCUGAAUACCUUGCUGUCUUUAAGAAGACUGUAUCCUCCCAUGAGGUCUUUCUUCAGCGGCUUGCUUCUCACCCUGUUCUCAGUAAAGAUCGCAACUUUCAUGUUUUCCUGGAAUAUGAUCAGGAUCUAAGUGUUAGGCGGAAAAAUACCAAAGAGAUGUUUGGUGGCUUUUUCAAAAGUGUGGUGAAAAGCGCCGAUGAAGUCCUUUUUUCUGGAGUUAAGGAGGUGGAUGACUUCUUUGAGCAAGAGAAGAAUUUCCUUAUUAACUAUUACAAUAAGAUCAAGGACUCAUGUGCAAAAGCUGACAAAAUGACCAGAUCUCAUAAAAAUGUUGCAGAUGACUAUAUCCACACUGCUGCCUGCUUGCAUAGCCUGGCUUUAGAAGAGCCCGCAGUCAUCAAAAAGUACCUAUUGAAGGUUGCUGAGCUAUUUGAAAAACUUAGGAAAGUAGAGAGUCGAGUCUCUUCAGAUGAAGAUUUAAAGCUGACUGAGCUCCUCCGGUACUACAUGCUCAACAUCGAGGCUGCUAAGGAUCUCCUAUACAGACGUACCAAAGCUCUUAUUGACUAUGAAAACUCCAACAAGGCUCUGGAUAAGGCACGGUUAAAAAGCAGAGAUGUCAAGUUGGCUGAGGCAAACCAACAGGAGUGCUGCCAAAAAUUUGAACAGCUUUCUGAAUCUGCAAAAGAAGAGCUGAUAAGUUUCAAACGGAAGAGAGUGGCAGCAUUUAGAAAGAAUCUAAUUGAAAUGUCUGAAUUGGAAAUAAAACAUGCUAGGAACAAUGUCUCCCUUUUGCAAAGCUGCAUUGACUUGUUCAAAAACAACUGAUCUGCCUUGAUUCUGAAUGAAGCAAAGAAAGUCAAUGUGAAAGCCAGCGUCACUUGCACUUAAAUCAUUAGCCACGGAAGAUUUAAUAGUUUUUACUUCAGUUUAAAAUUAUGUGAAUAAAUACUUUUGAUUUCUAAAAAAUCUUAACACUUAACCAUGUUGGUUUAAACUAUUUUUAUUGCAUGUUGCUUGGACAUAACUGAUCUUUACCUUAUGCAUUAAUACCUCACAUUGGGCAGGAUCUAAAUACUGGGUUCUCCUGUAAUUUGUCUUUAAUUAUUAAGAAAGUUUUUUGAAACAUGUGCCUUCAGAAAAGAAGAAAUUGCCUGGCACGUGUUUGUCUCACUAUUUCAUCCGCGUGUGCCCCCAGAAAAGGAAUAUUUUAGGGCAGGGGCAGCUAGAAGAACUUAGCAACUUGUUGCGGGUAACAGACAUUCCAUUCCUUAAUUGGGCAGUUUUUUUUCUCCCUGUUAAUCUCACAGUGCUUUAGUCACUAUAAGUGUUUGUACUAUAAGGAAAGCAGGAACAUCUCAUUUGUCUUUAUAUACAAAAACCUUUUGCAGCUCCAUUUUUGUAGUUGGGAUUUAGAUAUUUGAGGGGAGAGUUUAAGGGUAGAGAACCAAUAUGGACUGCUUUACAAACGGCCAGAUCUGCAUUCAGAACUGUGAGCCCCUCCCUAACUAUGGUGGGGGGUAUAGUGUGUUUGGGCUUUUGUUUUUUAUUAAGUGUAAAAUAAAUGAAUCAUGCUACUUUAUGGAGUGUGUUUUUUUGUGAAAAGCAAGUCCAGUGUGCAGCCCGAGGACCGCAGGUGCUUGGGGCCUGGGAUGUGGUGGGAGUGUCUAUCUAGGGCAGGCUCUUGUGAGUUGUCUCCCCCGAGUUGUGUGCACCUCGGUCUUUCUUGAAGACUGCCGGCCAGUUGUUCUUUCAGAACGUCCCCACAUCUGGGUUUGCCCGUCUGUGGUUUGAUUCCGGUCUGCAUUUUUGAUGGACAUGCAUAGUGAUGCUGUGUCCUAUGCGUCAUGUCAGGUGCAGGUUGUCUGUCCCUUACUGGUGAUGACUUUGAGCCCUCAGUUAAGGUGAUGUCUGUGCUGUGAGAUUUCUCUGCUGUGUUUAGUUUUUGCCUUUGUAUUAAGUAACUCGAGGGAAGAUACUUUGAGACAAAAUAAAAACAUCGUUUACCCCA